AUGAGAUUUGCUAUGAUCAGAGAUAUAAAACUAUCCAAUACAUGGAAAACGUUCGUGAGCGUGUUUCAAAAAUUAGUUGAUUUUAUUGUUCGUUACCAAGCAUUAUACAUAUUUCCAAAUAACCACACGCUAGACCCACCCAGAAUGUUUUACUCGGUCCUUCCUCCUCCAUUAUCGCGAACGACAUCGGAUGCGUUCUUUAGGAAUAACAGCAGUUCAGCAGGGUUACUUAGUGAAACAUUUCAUAUUCUAUUCCUGUCAUUCCUAGUGGGUACUCUAAUGUCAUUAGUGAAAUGCAUGAAGAAGGCAGGAAUAUUAAUACAGCGCAGUCAUCUGGAAUUAGAAGAUACUUUAAGUUACCGUGACAGCAUACCUUAUUGUGGCUUAGGUCAAAAGGCAGAUAGUGAUUUUUCAAAGGUUAUUUCGAUAGACUUUUAUAAUAGUGAAAGUGGCUAUGUGGAGUCCAUUAUGUUAGCGGAUCGUCUAGAACCUGACUACGAUUCUGAUUAUGACCCUGAACUGGAUUCGGCAACCGAAUUCGAAACUAACAUCAAAGACUUUCUACUUGUAUCAGAAACCAACAAUAGCACGAGCACCAGCAGCAUCACCACCAUUGCUCCUAUGUUUAACACCCAAAAAAAACCUCUGCCUACUGAUGUUUUUGAUAUUGGUCAUUUAUCGAUGAGGUUUAACUCCAUAAGAUCCCUAGGAAUCAGUGGCACAACUACCAAUAACAAAACUGCAAAACCAAGUGAUAUAUUGAUCUGGUGA